UGGUUCUAUGAUGAUUGGGUAUGUCGGGGGUAUCGUUCCUCCAGGUGGGGAACUGUUUGGAAAGCACCGUUCGACAUCAUCACCUCUCACAUGGACCUUCGACUGUCCUCUGCUGUCUUCCUUGUGGUCAAGCUGCUGUAUGAGCAAGGCCUGACACUGCGAGCCACGUUCCUCUUCCUCUCAGCCUGCAGUGCCUGGCACCUGACCCGCACCUUCUUUCUGAUGCCUAGAUGGCACAUCCCCUACCCGUUGCCCCCAGGAUACACAUACGGGCUGGGGUGCCGGAGGCAGGGGUGCUCUUACCCUACCCACGAGGAGCAGCGGCCAGGCCUGGGUGAUGGAACCCACGAGCCCAGCGACCUGUGCUUGGAGCCAGGCCCGGGAGGCACCGAUGCCAGCAAAGCCCCCAUGGGCAAAGGAGAGUCAGGGGCCAGGCCAGGCCAUGGAGAGCCCCCUGGCAUGUCUUUCCGGGCCUGUGUCUUCUCCAAGCUCUUCUUCUGGCACCUCAUGUGGCUAUCGGUGAUGCAGCUGCGGCACUACCUCUUCAUCGGCACCCUCAACCCCGUGCUGGAGCACCUGGCUGCCCGCGACACCGUGCUAGUAAGCACCUACACCAAUGCCUUCGCCUUCACCCAGCUCUGUGGGGUCCUGUGCGCCCCCUGGAAUGGGCUCAUCUUAGACCGGCACAAGCGCGGGAGGAGCAAGGAUGGCAGUGCCAAAGGUGGCUCGGACUCCCUGGCGGACCUGCGCUCCUGCGUCCUGUCGCUGGCUGUGACGGUGCUGCAGUGCGUAGCCUUCUCGGUGUGCGCCUCUGUGCCAGUGCUACCCGUGCAGUACGCCACCUUCAUCCUGCAGGUGCUGAGCCGCUCCUUCCUGUACGGGGGCAACGCCGCCUUCCUGGCCAUCGCGUUCCCACUAGAACAUUUCGGGAAGCUAUAUGGGCUGGUAAUGGGCCUGUCAGCCGUGGUGUCACUCCUCCAGUACCCCUGCUUCGCACUCAUCAAGGGACCGCUCAGCGACGACCCCUUCUAUGUGAACAUUGGCCUCAUCAUCGUCAUCCUCCUGGCCUUCGUCAGUCCACUGGUGGUGCUGCAGGAGUGCCAGCGCCGGGAGAGGGAGCAGGAAAAGCAAUAUGUUGACUCACUCUCCCUGACCCUGACCAAGGCUGAGGUGGAGUCCUCCAUCUGACCACCUCCAGCAGGGAUCUUCAGGGGCUGCUCCCCCCGAAAAGGGAAUGAGGAAAGAGAAUUAGGAGUGCAGCCUGAGCCCCAGCCAAUCCGCAGCUGUGUCCCUCCAGCCCAGCAUUGUCACCAUCAGUUCCAGCCAGGCACUCGCUCCUCUCCAGCGGCAGGGUGGUGGGUCAUGUUGGGUUAUUUUUACAGAUACUUGAUUUUCUAGGUUUUUGUAUAGCCCGAUCAGUAUAAAUCCAGCCUUCCCCUCUCCCUGUGCCCAGCGUGCACGGCAGGGGGAGUGGGGGCGGGAAGUGUAUUAUAGUUCCCCUUAUCGGCAGGGUUUAUGUCAAUCCCCCCAUUUCCUUCUCUUUUACUGCAGAGAUUUUAUUUCUGUGCUUCUUUGUAAAAGUGAGGGAAUGGGUCGCCCUGGUGCCUUCCUUCCUGAAAUCACAUAAAUACUAACGAGGAACUAA